AUGAAUCCGAAGCGUACCUGGUUUCUUCCGUUGGGUAUUGUCGUGAAUCCGAAGAAGCCGGACAAGGUGAGAGUUGUGUGGGACGCAGCUGCAUCCGUCCAGGGAGUGUCUUUGAACUCUGUCCUUCUAAAAGGGCCAGAUCUGAUGACGUCGCUGCAGACAGUUUUAGGCCGCUAUCGCCAAAGGGAAAUCGCUAUAAGUGGCGAUAUAAUGGAAAUGUUCCACCAGGUGCUCAUUUCCCGACAAGACCGUUCAGCCCAGUGGUUCCUGUGGAGGGAUUACCCGUCCGAGUCGAUUCAGGUGUACGUGAUGGAUGUCGCCAUAUUCGGGGCAACUUGUUCCCCGAGUUCGACACAAUACGUGAAGAAUUUGAAUGCAGGGGAAUAUUCCGCCGAGUUCCCGAGAGCGUCCGAAGCCAUUCAAGAUAAUCAUUAUGUCGACGACUACCUGGACAGCGUCGACACGAUCCAGGAGGCGGUGCAGUUGGCGCUGGAGGUUAAAGCGGUGCACGAAAAGGCGGGAUUCCUGAUUCGGCAUUGGAUGUCGAACUCGCCGGAGGUGCUACAGAGAAUUGGAGAGCAAAACACGAAGGCGGAGGACAUCUUCGUAUUCUCUUUGACGCUGCGCGAGGACUUACGACACCUAAUCGAUGGACUAAUAGUCCCUACAAAACGCCAACUGUUGAGCCUUGUUAUGAGUGUGUUAGAUCCGUUGGGAUUGGUCGCACCGUUCGUGGUACACGGAAAAACGAUCGUCCAGGAUGUGUGGAGGUCAGGUAUAGGCUGGGAUGAGCAACUGCCGGCCGACAUAGUUCCCAAAUGGGAACAGUACAUUUCGCUACUCGAGAAGCUGGAUAGCGUGCGAAUACCUAGAUGUUACUUUCCGGGAUACAGUCUGGGAGCAUACGAAUCGAUGCAACUACAUGUAUUUGUAGACGCAAGCAGUGCGGCUUAUGCUGCCGUAGCCUAUUUCCGGAUCGUGGAUGAUGGAGUAGUACGUUGCAGUCUCGUCUCUGCCAAAACCAAGGUUGCUCCGAUGAAGCUGCUGUCAAUUCCCAGGUUAGAACUCCAAGCGGCAGUGAUAGGAACACGGCUUAUGAAGUCCAUCUUGUCAAGUCAUACGUUGCAGAUAACGCGCAAGGUCAUUUGGAGCGACUCAUCAACGGUUCUAAAUUGGAUCCGAUAUGACCCUCGAAAAUAUCGUCAGUACGUGGCGAUCCGCAUAACUGAGAUCCUGGAUGAAACAGAUGUUGCAGAUUGGAGAAAAGUGCCGUCAAGGAUGAAUGUGGCCGACGAAGCAACUAAAUGGGGGAACGGUCCUUGUUUCGAUCAAGAAAGUAGAUGGUAUAAAGCUCCCGAGUUCCUGUACAAACCUGAAUGUGACUGGCCAGACGAAGUGAUUCAACAAACUACGGCGGAGGAGUUGAAGGUAGUUUCGAUGCACCAGGUGGUUCCAGUGGAGCAGGUCAUCGACUUCACACGGUUUUCGAGGUGGGAGAAGCUUACUGGUACGUUGACGGUCGUCCUGCGGUUCGGCAAGAGGAAAGCGGAAACUAGAACGAACAAUCCAAGUAGUGAAUCAGUGAGGUAUGCUGAAACAGUCAUGGUUAGGCUGAUCCAGAUGGGCAGAUAUGCUGAGGAGUAUCGGGUUCUUCAAAGGAAUCAGCAACUUCAAGCAGGAGAACGUCAGCUAGUGGACAGAAGCAGUUGCCUAUCCAAGCUAUCACCAUUUUUAGAUCCUGAUGGAGUAAUCCGCAUGGGAUCUCGUAUUAGUUAUGCUGAAUGUGUUCCGUACGAGGCCAAAUUUCCAGCCAUCUUACCCAAGGACCAUUACGUUACACAUCUGGUACUCAACUGGUUUAACAGGAAAUAUGGACACGCCAACAACGAAACCAUUGUUAACGAGGUACGGCAGAGAUUCCACGUCUCUGAGCUACGGACAGCUGUCAAAAAGGUCGCAAGAAGCUGUAACUGGUGCAAGGUGUACAAGUCCAAGCCAAAGGUGCCACCCAUGGCACCUCUACCGGAUGCUCGCAUUACACCAUAUGUAAGAGCCUUUUCCUUCACUGGCCUGGACUAUUUUGGACCCAUUACCGUACGGUUUGGACGUGGUACCGCUAAAAGAUGGGUGGCUCUGUUUACCUGUUUGGGCACCCGAGCAGUCCACCUAGAAGUCGCUUACUCGCUGUCGACGGAAUCUUGUAAAAUGGCCAUACGUAGGUUCAUCUCUCGUCGAGGCGCGCCGCAAGAGAUCUACUCAGAUCAAGGCACCAACUUCCAGGGAGCGAAUGCAGAAUUGAAGAUGCUGAUGACCACCACAAACCGUCAUCUAGCGCAGACUUUCACCAAUGCAAAAACGCAAUGGAAGUUUAAUCCACCAUACGCCCCCCAUAUGGGUGGAAUAUGGGAAAGACUGGUGCGUUCAGUCAAAGCAGGCUUAUCCAACAUGGCAUUGCCGAAGAAUCCGGAUGAGGAGACGUUGGUUACCGCAAUAGUGGAAGUGGAAUCAAUCGUCAACUCGCGUCCCUUGACCUAUCUGCCUAUUGACAGUCAGGAGAGCGAGGCUUUGACGCCAAACCAUUUCCUGCUACUGAGCUCGAACGGAGUAGUGCAGCCAGCAGUACGACCCACGGAAGAAGGCGCAGCAUUACGGACGAACUGGAAGCAUAUCCAAGUCAUGCUGGACAGAUUUUGGACCCGAUGGAUUCGGGAAUACUUGCCCGUUAUAGCCCGACAACCGAAAUGGUUCGACAAGGUUACGCCGAUCAACGUUGGAGAUCUGGUCAUCGUUGUGAACGACGGGAUUCGAAACAGUUGA